AUGGGACAAGGAUUGACUGGAGCCGCUGGGACAUACUCGAAACUAAAGGAUCUCGUGAUGGAACCAAUACCGGCGCCAUGUCCCGAACCUGCACUCGCAGUCCAGACGAAGACACAGUACGUAGUAGAAUGGCCUACAUACGACCAUUUCUUCAAGGCUAUCACUAUGAUACAAGAAGUGCCAAGGCUGUUUGGAAAGGAGGGAGAAAGAGAUCUGCGGAGCAGAUCCGGCAACCAGGUUGCAGAGCAGCUUGGCAUCACUGAGGACAGCAUCUAUGCCACCUAG